UGAAAAUUAUUUAUUUCCACGUAUUUCAUAUUUUUAUAUAAAAACAGACACCAACAAAUAUAUAUUUAAAAAAAUAGUAGACAUGGAAGACAGAAAUACCAUGUUAUAUCUCUACAUGAUAUAGACACUACACAGAGACAUUUAAACCCCCUGCAUUUACUGUGAAUAUCCUUUUUUUUUUUUUUUGCCAUUUAGAUUUCUAGUACUGAGGAAAUGUUGGGUCAAUUUUACUGGCCCAAGCCAUGAGCCCCCCUUUAAUAUCCUUAGCUAAUACAGGACCAUAUUCUUUGACAGGUAACUCCUGAAUAAUUCUUACUGCCUUCUGGGAGUCAUUUCCUAAUUUGCAAACAACAUAUACAGGAAAAGAUGUCUGGCCAUUAGUUCUCUGCUUUUCUUCACAAAUUCGUUUUUCUAAGUAUUCCAAAUAUUCUUCACUUUUUUCCUCUAAUUUACUCAAAGGAAUGUGGACAGCAUGUGCCAGGCGACAGAUAUCCACUUCAACCUGGGGACGAACAUCUAACAAUACAUGAGGAACGUGCUCAUCCAACAGUUUUUUGUACUCCUCUACAGAUAUCCUGUCUUUACUGGACAGCAGAUGUAAAGUCCUACAUUUGUCUGUUGCAGAAGAACCACAAAACGCCUCAUAAUCCUGAAGGCGAGUGACAGACGGGUUGUCCCCACAAACGGCACAGUCUGCUUUCUUUGGUCUUAACUUGAUGUUGCGAAAUUUCCCUUCCCGAGCAUCAAACAUCAGCAUGAACUGAUUGAAGGAGGAACCCAUUCCCGAGGCUAUCUUCAACACUUCCAAGGCCUGAAUGCACCCCAUGAUGCCUGGCACAACACCCAGCACCCCUCCAUCCGCACAGUUUGUCACUGUCUCUGGCGGGGGGGGCUUGGGGAAGAGACACCGGUAGCAGGGUCCCCCUUGGUAGUUGUACACCACUAGCUGCCCCUCCAGCCGGAGGGCACUGCCGGACACCAGGGGCUUCCCAGCCAGGACACAGGCGUCGUUCACCAGGUACCUGGUGGGGACAUUGUCGGAGCAGUCCGCCACCACGUCGUACUGCCGCACCAGCUCCAGGGCGGUGCUCGGGCUGAGGGCGCCGCAGUAAGGCACGUAAUGUACCGUGGAAUUGAGCAGCCGCAGGGCCGCCGCGGCAGACACGGCCUUGGGGAGCCCCCGGCGGGCCUCCCCGUGCAGCACCUGCCGGUGCAGGUUGCUGGUCUCCACCACGUCGUGGUCCACCAGCCCCAAGCGGCCGAUGCCGGCCGCAGCCAGGUACUGCGCGAGGGGACAGCCCAGCCCUCCGCAGCCCACCACGAGCACGGAGCAGCGGGCGAGGCGCAGCUGCCCCCGCACGCCCAGCUCGGGCAGCACCAGCUGCCGGCUGUACCGCAGGAUGGCGGCGGCGCUCAGCGAGGCCUGGCCGGGCAGGGGAGGGAGCUCGGCGGGGAAAGCGGCGGCGGUAACACCGGCGGACCCCUCCUCAGCAUCCCCACCGCUCUCCCGUGCCAGGACGUCGGCCAGCCGCUCCCGCAGGCCCCGCAGCUCCCGCUCCCGCCGCUCGAUCUCGGCGCCCAGCCGCACGGCCUCCUCUCCGCCCGCCAUGCUGGACAAAAUGGCGGCCCGGGCCCGCUUCCGCUUCCGGCCGGUCGCUUCCGGCCGCCGCCGAUCGGCCGGGCGGGCCGGCUGCGGGCAGCGCCGCGACAUGGCGGCGGGGGCCGGGAAGGUGUCGGUGCUGCUGCCCACAUACGAGGAGCGCCACAACCUGCCGCUCGUCGUCUGGCUGCUCGUGCGCACCUUCCAGGAGAGUGGAGACAACUUUGAAAUUAUCAUCAUUGAUGAUGGAAGCCCGGACGGGACGCAGGAAGUUGCUAAACAGCUGGAAAAGAUAUAUGGGUCAGAUAAAAUACUUUUAAGACCCAGAGAAAAGAAGUUGGGCCUUGGCACUGCAUACAUUCAUGGGAUGAAGUACGCCACUGGGGAUUUUAUUGUUAUUAUGGAUGCUGACCUCUCUCACCAUCCAAAAUUUAUUCCAGAGUUUAUCAGAAAGCAGAAAGAAGGCAAUUUUGAUAUUGUGUCUGGUACAAGAUAUAAAGGAAAUGGAGGAGUACAUGGCUGGGAUUUGAAAAGAAAGUUAAUCAGUCGUGGAGCCAAUUUUAUAACUCAGGUUUUGCUGAGGCCGGGUGCAUCAGACUUAACAGGGAGUUUCAGGUUAUACAGAAAAGAAGUCUUACAGAAACUAAUGGAAAAAUGUGUUUCUAAAGGAUAUGUCUUCCAGAUGGAAAUGAUUGUUCGGGCCAGACAGCUAGGAUAUACUAUUGGAGAGGUUCCUAUUUCAUUUGUGGACCGUGUCUAUGGAGAAUCUAAACUGGGAGGCAAUGAAAUAGUCUCCUUCUUAAAGGGACUCUUGACCUUGUUUGCUACAACAUGAGACUUUCUAAAAAAAUUUAUUUAGGAUAAAAACAUUUUCUGACCUGUGUGUGGCUUUUAGCAUGUAAUAGCAGAAGCUUGGUAAUUUGCCUGGUGACCAGAAGAUCCUCUGUGAUAAAUGAACUGCACAUUAAACUAGUCAAAGUAAAGACUAAUACCCUAUGCCUUUUUAAAAAAAAAAAAAAAAAGUCUAAUAAAGAACACAAAGCUAAAUUGUAUUAUGCAUUUAGAAAUGAAUCAUUAUUCAGCAGAAGUUAAAGAUAAAUUUGAAAUAAAGAUGAGCAAGUACCUUAAAAAAUAUUAAUUUUUUUUAUCUUCGUUCUGUGUUUUGCAGAUAGUAUGUUAAAUAUAUACUAGUUAGUUCCCUUUCUUUCCUCGAUGCAGAUGUAAUCUAUGUUAGAGCAGAUAUAAAACAUAAAGGUGUUUCUACAGAACUGAUGACUUGUGUAGUUUAAGAGGAAGGUACGGAUGAGUACAGUGUUUGUUCUUUUUAAAUUUGCCUCUAGGCCAGAAAUACAGAAUAUUCUUGGGAUAAGAAAGAGAAUCACUUUGGGAUAGUUUGUAUUGCGUGUGCAUGUCCAGAAAUAGAUAAUUCUUUUUUCCUAUUUUCUUUAAAAAAUAAACAUUUUUAGAAUCUAAGACAGGAUAACAUAUCGCACAACUUUAGGGUGAUAGAAAACCCAAUUGAAUAGAGAACCUCACUGAAGAUAUCCGAGAUUAUUUUCUUACAUCAAGUAACAGUUUGCAAUGUAAUAUCUAUACUUGUUCCAGAUCCUGAUUGGGAAAAAAAUACAAACAGUGUAAUACUG